UAGUUCAAGAGCAGCAGUGAGACGCAAGACGCGUUGGGGAGUGCACGUAUAUCUGACAUAAUAACACACUCGCGCGCUUACACUCGAUCGUAAAUAAAUUCAAUUAAUUUUGCUCUACAUAAAAAUACUUUCUUAUUAUUUUGUUAUAAUAUUUUUACUGGACGCAUAUAAUAAUAUCUUAUUCGAAUAAAUUAUGAGAGAGAUAUCUCAAAUAAACUGAAGUGGUAAAGUGACAUUUUCCAAAAUGAUGAUGGCCAGUGCGAAAAUGGUAAGAGACAUUACCGCAGACCUCAGCGCAGAUGUGCGCUCGCUCUCAGUAGAGUCCUCUACUGAAGAACAAGAGUCCACUACUACGGAGUCCGAAUAUUCGGAGGAAGAAAAGGAAUAUGAGCUGGAUGAUCUACAAAUUCUGAAAACCAUAGGUACAGGCACCUUCGGGAGAGUGUGCCUCUGUCGGGACAAGGCAGCGGACGAGUAUUUAGCUAUGAAGAUUCUUUCCAUGGCUGAUGUUAUACGUUUGAAACAAGUCGAUCACGUGAUGAAUGAGAAAAACAUUUUAUCUGAGAUCAAUCACCCUUUCAUUGUGAACUUACGGUGGUGGACCCAUGAUGACUCAUGUAUCUAUAUGCUGUUCGACUACGUAUGUGGAGGAGAAUUGUUUUCCUACUUGAGGAAUGCAGGCAGAUUUAGUAAUAAUAUAGCAAAUUUCUACGCAGCGGAAAUAGUUUCUGCACUGGAAUAUCUUCACGCUCGCAACAUCGUGUACCGAGAUCUGAAGCCUGAAAACCUCUUACUGGCUAAAGAUGGCCAUUUAAAGAUAACUGAUUUUGGUUUCGCGAAGAAACUUACGGAUCGCACGUGGACACUUUGUGGCACGCCGGAGUACCUCGCCCCGGAAAUUAUUCAAAGCAAGGGACACAAUAAGGCUGUAGAUUGGUGGGCUUUAGGUGUUCUUAUUUAUGAAAUGUUGGUUGGCUAUCCACCUUUCUACGACGACAACCCUUUUGGAAUAUACGAAAAGAUCCUCAAUGGAAGAGUUGACUGGCCCCGACACCUCGACCCCAUUGCCAAGGACAUAAUUAAGAAACUUUUGGUACAGGACAGAACGAAAAGACUCGGAAACAUGAAGUGUGGUUCUGAAGAUGUAAAGCGUCACAGAUGGUUCAAACAUUUGGAUUGGGCAGAUGUUUACUUGAAAAAGUUACAGCCUCCCAUUGUCCCUUCAGUUUCUUACGAGGGCGAUACGUCAAACUUCGACGAAUAUCCAGAAACCGAUUGGAAGGCGGUGCGGUCCCUUGACCCCGAUGAACUGAAAUUAUUCGUAAAUUUCUGAUGUAAUAAUUAAUAUAACUAGGAGAUUUUAAUUAUUGGCGGUAACUAAAAGCAGGGAAUUCUGAAUUCGAGCCAUGAAUAAGUAUUUAAAAUCAUUAGGAUCAUAAGAACUUUGGAAUCAAAGGAAUGCACUGACUUCACCGCGUUUUGCUGCCUCAAGUUAUUUUGAAAGCAAAUGCUUACAUCUUUAGCGUGGCUAAAAUAGAUGCAUAAUGUGCAGGCUCGCGUGAUUGAGUACUAUAAGGAAUCAUUUCUAUUCUGGAAAAAAUAGUAUAGAUACUUCGAUCAUUGGAAUGCGUGUAGAGUUUUUAAAAUAACAUAGUCUAAAAAUGUAUUCAUGUCUGCGUUCUUUAUAUUUUUAGGGAUCAUCAAACUUAAUAUUAACGAGUGAUUGUGAUUGUACCUAAUUGUGUUUUAUUUUUAUGUAAGUAUUUCGAUAGUUUAAUUUAACAAAUAGGUGAACUAUGAACUUUAUAAUUUUUUCACUUUAUGAUACUGUAAGAUUAUUGGGAGAAAAAAGGUAGAAUCUAAUAAAUUAUUUGCUCUGCUGGAUUUAUGUCUUGAUCAAAAUUACUUUGGGUCUUAUAUUAGAUUAUUACAAGAUGCUUACUCUUGGAGAUGAUGAUAGUAUCUAGCUGAUCAUUCUCGUCUUUGCUAUAGCAUAUAAAAUACUGUUUAGACAUUUUGUUUACAUUUCCUGCAGGCUACAAGCAAUGUACAAGAUAUUAUGCUCUCAAUGGUCUUACCACGCUUGUGAUGUAGGUACCUAUCGAAGAAAAUAUGUAUAUUUUAGGAGAAAAUAUGAUAAGAAUGUUGCAAUGAUUAUAUUGUAAAUCGUUAACUACUAAUUUCAUAACUAAUUUAGAUACAUUAACUUGGUCAUAGUGUAAAAUUAUGAUUCCUAUAAAUCGUGCAUAGUUUUGCAAGAGAUUCUUAGGGUAUAGUAAAUAAUUGGAUAUACAUAUUUAAAAAAUAUUAUAAAAAGCCUUAGAUAGAUUCUACAGGCGUUUUAAUUUAAUUAACUUAGCCAUGUUAAUGUUAAUGCUGUGAUCUGUAUUAGUCAAAUGGAAACUCUGUUUUAUCAUAUAAAAUUUAUCAUAUUUAAAUAAAAGAAGACUUAAUAUAUUCAUUUGACUUUUCAUGCCUUUUUCUACUGAUGUUGUCAUAACGAUACGUAUUUAUAGGUACUAUCUAUAACAUUAUAUUACGCACCAAUUUAUACUUAAAAUUAUUCCAUUUAGGUACAUAAUAUAAUUAACUUUUAAAGAAAUGUCAUCCUUAACGAACUAAGAAUGAUCUUUUUUAUUCGUUGUAAUUUAGUCAUAAUCUAAAUUUAACGUAAAAUUAAAACUACUAUCUAAUUAAAGUAUGAAAAAGACUUUGAAAAGUUUUAUGGAAAUAUUGUUACAACUAUAAAUUAAAUUAUUUAAUACAUAACGUAACAUGUAACAGGGUUUUCAGAGAGUAAUUAAUUUAAAAUAUGUAGAUAUAAAUAGAUAUAUUUAUUACAAAUAAAUUAUUGAUUGAU